AUGGGCCAACCAUCGCGCAUGAUGGUCGCCGAUACAAGAAGGAGACCAGCAGCGCCAGUGGCGGCGAUGACACUGGCAUGCGCAGGGGCGACAAUUACGACUUUUGUGGCCCCAAGCUGCGGACAAUUCUCCUCUGCACGAGCAUCCUCUGUAAACGCAGAGGGCGCAAGUAUUCAAUUGGCUUCUUCGGAAGCUGGUACCUCGAUGACGCAGGUCUCGAGCAUGGCCGCAGGGCUUACUAUUGCGGCUGCAGCGUUAGCGAAGCGGCAGCGUAGGUCACUUCGUACGUCGGUCUGUUCAGAUCCGAAGCCGCGAUCCAAGCUGAUGCAAGAAGUGGACCAGGUUGGAAUUCACAAGAAGAACUCCGAGGCAUCGGAGAAUCAGGAGAACAACAAGUCAGAAAAGCCCAAGGAGGCUAAGUCUGACGACGCCGACAAGAAGGAACCACAGGAUAAGAAGGAAGAGAAAGAGGCCAGCAAGGACGACAAAAAGGAAGAGAAGAAGGAGGACAAGAAGGACGACAAGAAGGAAGAUAAACCGCAGGAAAAGAAGGAGGACAAGAAAGAGGAAUCGAAGGAAGAAAAGAAGGAGGACAAGAAGGAGGACAAGAAAGAGGAGAAGAAGGAGGACAAGCAGGACGAAAAGAAAGAAGACAAGAAAGAUGAGAAAAAGGAGGAGAAGAAGGAGGACAAGAAGGAAGAGAAGCCGAAAGAGACGGACAAAGCGGAGAAGGAUGGCAAGUCGGAGGGCAACAAGGCGGAGCAGAAGUCUGAGAAGGACGAGAAGAAGGAGACGGAAAAAAAGGAAGCCGCCGGUGACAAGCCCAAGGAAGAAGCCAAGGUAGAGAAAGAUGCUGAGAAGAAGGAGGACAAGAAGGAGGAAAAGAAGAAGGAUGGUGAGGAAAAAAAGGAGGAAAAGAAGGAGAGUGCUGAGCCGAAGAAAGAGCAGAAAUCGGAGGCCAAAGCAGAUGACAAGAAGGAGAAGCCAAAGGAAUCGAAACCCGAGGCUCCGCCCAAACCGCCUCCGGGACCGGUGGAAGAUGCGGCCGGUCGAAAGUUAAGCGGGCAUGUUGCUUCCAUCGCCAGCCAAGACGGUGGUGAAGCAGCUUUGAAGGGAAUCCGAGAAUUCUUCGGAAGCCGCGAGGCCGAGCUCGAAAAAGCCCUAGAAGCACAGAAAAAAAGGCAAGAGAAGAUGAUUGCCGAGAUGGAGCGGCAAUCGCAGGAGAUUCAGAAGAAGAUGGAGGCCCAGAUUGCGGAAGAGGUUCGUGUCGGAAGCGAACUGAAAGAACGCAUUGAGGCCCUUCAGGAGACCUACACCAGCGUCAGUGACCAGCUAGAAAUGUCCCAGAUCUCCAACGAGAAGCUUCAGGUGGAUCGGGACGAGCUCCGGCAGGACGUCCAGAAGCUGGAAGAGAUGCUGAAGGAAGAGCAAGAGCGCAAUGAAAAGAACAAGAAGGAUGCUGAGGAGGCAGCCAGACAGAAAGAGGAACAGCUAGCCAAGCUUGAAGAGAAGAAAAAGGAGCUCACAAUCACCGUCAGGGAGCUCGACAAGCAAAUGCAGGCGGAAAGGGAUGCAGCUGCGAAGAAGGAAUCCAAGAUCCGCACCGAGCUCACCGACACGCGAGAGGCGCUAACUUCUUCAAGGAACGAGACCAGCCAGGUUGUUAGCGAGCUCAAGACGGCUCGCAAGGAAAAUGCAGCUCUGGAGGACAAGGUCCGUAGCGUCGAAGAAAGCUUAAAGGCUUCGAAAGAGCAGCAGGAGUUGCUGAAUACCAAGCUCAAGGAAGUCAUGGCUGAAGGUGAUCUUCUAAGAAAGGAGACCGAGAUCCUCAAAGAGGCUGCAGUCGAGGCAGCAGGACGAGAGCAGAACUACUACCAGAUGAUGAAGAAGUUUGCGAAAAAGAGCAAGGAGCUGGAGGAGCGAUUGCCCGUGAUGGAGGAGGAAAAUCAGAAAUUGCUUGCUCGGAUUAGCCAGCUUGAGAUCGUCGCUGAAAAUGAGAAGAAGCUGUCCAAGCAACUGGAGGUCUCAACCAGUGAGAACGAGGAGCUCGCGAAAGAGCUUCAAAGCCUUUCAACAAGCUUGAAGAGCAGAGACCAGGACAUCGAGAAGCUCUCAGAGGAUCUCGAGAUCAGCCACAAAGAGAAGAAGUUCAUCCAGCAGAAGUCGGAAGAAUUCAAGCAGCAUGCUGAGAAGAAGUUCCGAGCGGCGGAGGACAAGAUAUGGGAAUCGACUGAGAAGGUGGUAAAAGCAAAGGCAGAGACCAAGUACGCGAUCAAGGAAGCUUCGCGUGCAAGAGAGGAAGCAGCAGAGGAAAGAAAGGAGAUGGCGAAGGCCGCAGAAAGAGCGAGACAACGAGCUGAGGAGCGUGUGCGAGCAGAGGCGGACAAGGCUGCAGCGGCACAGGCAAAAGCUGAGCAGGCUGCAGCCGACAAGGAGAAGGCCAUUAAGGACGCCGAGGCGACCAAGAAGAAAGCCGAGGCCGACAAAAAGGAGGCCAUCGCGAGAGCAGAUGCUGCUAGGAAAGCAGCUGAAGAGCAGGCCAGAAGGGAUGCCAAGGAUGCAUUCAAGGCCAAGCAGGCCGCAGACGAUGCAAAGGCAGAGAAAGUUUACGCGCUUCAAGAUGCCGCAGAUGCGAAGAAAGCAGCCGAGAAGGCCACACAGGAAGCCAUCAGAGCUGCUGAUGAGGCCAUAGCGGCUGCGGAUAAGAAGGUAAACGAGCAGAUAGCCGCAGCCGAAGCAGCCAAGCAGGCAAAGGAGAAGGCUGAGGUUGCCAAGGCGGACGCCUUCGAGGACUUCGAUGACUUGUCUUGUCGCACGCUUCAGGUACUAUGA